GCAGAGAAAGCUAAGCGAAAUAUUUUAAUACAUCCUGUCUGUCAUUGUAUUGUAUUUCUUCUGUGUUUCAGACUCACUGGCUGUAAACUCACAGACACAUCCUGUGAAGUGUUGGCCUCAGUUCUCAUUUCAAACCCCUCACACCUGAGAGAGCUGGAUCUGAGUAACAAUGACCUGAAGGAUUCAGGAGUGAAGCUGCUCUCUGCUGGACUGGGGAAUCCCCACUGUAAACUGGAGACUCUGAGGCUGUCAGGCUGUCUAGUCACAGAGGAAGGCUGUGCUUCUCUGGUCUCAGCUCUGAGGUCAAACCCCUCACACCUGAGAGAGCUGGACCUGAGCUACAAUCACCCAGGAGACUCAGGAGUCAGACUGCUCUCUGCUGGACUGGAGGAUCCACACUGCAGACUGGAGAAACUCAAUGUGGAACAUGGUGGAGAGAACAGAAUGAAACCUGGACUUAGAAAAUAUGUCUGUGAUCUCACACUGGACCCAAACACAGUAGACAGAUUCCUCUCUCUGUCUGAGGAGAACAGAAAGGUGACAUGGAGGACAGAGAAGCAGCCGUAUCCUGAUCACCCAGAGAGAUUUGAGGACCGUAGACAGGUGCUGUGUAGAGAGGGUCUGACUGGGCGCUGUUACUGGGAGGCAGAGUGGAGUGGAGGGGCUGUUAUAGGAGUGACAUAUAAAGGAAUCAGCAGGAGAGGAAGGGAUGAUGACUGUUGGCUUGGAUACAAUGACAAGUCCUGGAGUCUGUACUGCGAUGACAACAGUUACAUUGCCAGGCACAAUAAGAAUCCUGCCAUAGACGUCCCCUCCUCCAGCUCCCACAGAGUAGGAGUGUAUCUGGACUGGCCAGCCGGCAUUCUGUCCUUCUAUAGAGCCUCCUCUGACACACUGACCCACCUGAUCACAUUCACCUCCACAUUCACUGAGCCCCUCUAUCCAGGGUUUCAUCUUUGGGGUUGCGAAUCAGUGUCCCUCUGUCAGUGACUCACACACACUGGACAAACACACAAACACACUGGAUACAUACACACAUGCUGGACACAAAUUGUAUUAUUAUAUCUGGACAUACGCUCCAUAGUUGUACAAGUAUACAAGGAUAUAUUGUACUUUUCAUAAUAAAACAUAAUUGAAACAAGAAAAGCA